CCCAUUGCUUAUAAGGCUAUUAAAGCCUCCCCAAGCUCAACACACAGCACAAAAAAAUAAAAUAAACAGAGGAGAAAGAAAAAAAAAACAAUAAAAACCUAAAAAAAACAUUGAUUUUUCUUUCUGAUUCUCCGAUGUUCUAAGAUCGAUCUUACGUUUGAUUGUUUGUCAAUUUUCUUCAAUCGGGAAGUUAUUCAACGUAGAUUGUAUUACUGAGAUUUAGAGGAAUCUUGUAUUUUCUUCUUAUUAGCUACUUGUUUCACACUUCGAAAUCGAAGUCAAUGGCAUCAACAGCAUCAUCCAUUGAGAAAAGUGAAGAAGAAUGGAGAGCCGUUCUUUCACCCGAGCAGUUUCACAUCCUCCGCCAGAAAGGAACUGAAUUGAAGGGUACUGGAGAGUAUAACAAAUUUUAUGAAGAAGGGGUUUACAAUUGUGCUGGAUGUGGAACUCCACUUUAUAAGUCUUCUACCAAAUUUGAUUCUGGUUGUGGUUGGCCUGCUUUCUUUGAGGGUUUCCCUGGAGCUAUCAAUCGCUAUCCUGAUCCAGAUGGUAGGAGGACUGAGAUAACUUGUGCAGCAUGUGGUGGGCACUUGGGUCAUGUAUUCAAAGGAGAAGGGUUCAAGGUUCCAACUGAUGAACGCCACUGUGUCAACAGUGUUUCUGUCAAAUUUAUUCCUGGAAAUGCUACUUCUUCCAUAUGAAACAUUAUUUUGUAAUGAAUUAGAUGUGUUAAGUGAUAUAAUUUCUAGCUUGUAGUCUUGUUUGAUGGUUCCAAAACAGUUAUGAUUAUAAGGUUGAACCAUUGAACACAGUUUAGACUGAAAUUAAUAAAAUCCUUUUCUUACCUA